GAAAGGGCUCCUGCUAUAGUUGUAUAGGUCUUGGCGUUCUUUCAGAGUUGUGAUUACGCGCUUUGCUGCGGAAUUCCGGGGCCACCAAGUCCUCCGUGUCGAGUUGAGUGAAGUCGACUCGAGUCCGGUCUCGUUGCGCUUGUCAGAGCGUGCAGAGAGGAAAAAAAUAAGCAGGAAAUUUUUUCGCGAGCUUUCUCCGCGCUUCGUGUCCAGGACGGAAUUUUUUUUCCGUAUAGGUGCGAGGGGCGCGACAAGGAAGGUUAGUCUGGGGUGGGAAGAGUGUAGGAGGGGAAUGUCUGUGGUCGAGCGCGUUGGCGAGAAGAGUGCAGCUCAUUGACGCUCGAUGCGAAGAAAAAGAGGGAGGUCUGAGGGUGAAGGAGAUUUGGUGUUACCAUAUUUUGGCGCAGUAUCAUACCUGUCGAGCUGUAGUAUGUACUUGCUGCUCUCUCGCAUUCUCUCCCCCUUCACCUGUCGUAGAACAGCAGCGCUUUUGUCUCGUAGUACUUGCUCCGAUACUCUGUUCCCUCAUUCAAAGAAGCAAAAGCUUUGGGAGUUCCUUCGCCGUUUGCUGGUUGUUCCGCAAUUUGUCGAACAAAAACCUCAGCUCGUACGAAGGCUCAUGAUAAUUAAACAAACUCCGCAUUCUGCAUCCGAAAUGCAUAAAAAUUAAGCUCUGCUUUACAAUUUCGUUACGGUUGACAGCAGAAUCAGCAAAAAAUUCGAAACCGAUAAUAAAGAGAGACGGAGAGAGUUUUUGAAAAUAUAUUUCGUUCAUUUGCUUCGAGUCGUAGUUCGCUAUUUUCUUUUGGUGAAAGCUGAUUUGGCAGAGGGAAGGGCAAGAGCUAGAGAAAUAACUGCCUUCGGGCUCAGAGACAAACCAAAUAAUGCUGUUCAAGUUCUUCAUAGACAGUUGCUGAGUAGUGCACUUGAGAGGUGUUUGUAUUCUACGGAAAUUGAGAAGAGGUGUUUUUGUCGGUCUCUUCAAAAUGGUUCCUCCGCAUACUCUCCCUGGUUCUUACGGACUUCUACCGGAGAUGGAAAAGCCCGCCCUGCCGGAGGUCUUCCACAUCGAUGACCUGUUGAACUUCAGUUGCGAGGAUAUUGGAGGUUCUGUAGUUGGAGGGGAGUUGCAGGUCUCUGGCGCGAUGAACGAGAGUUCCGUUAAUGGAGGCGAGACAAGCAUCUCAUCUUCUGUCGAAGUUGAAAGCGAUCUAGUAGGCCCUGCUCUCCGGGAUAUUGAAGUGAAGACAGACCUCUGUGUGCCUUAUGAUGAUCUUGCCGACCUUGAGUGGCUCUCUUCCUUUGUUGAAGACUCGUUCACUGCGGUCGACACCUCAGGGGUUUUCUCAACUUUCAAUGAUUUUUCUUCACAAGUAGGCAAUAGUGAGCGCACGCAAAGCACUGAAGUAUGCGAUGACUUCAAGACAUACCAGAAAGCGAGCCCAACCUCGGUGUUAGAGACCAGUGGAACCUCUUCAGAAUUCACUGGUCCAGAUUACAGGGAUGUGUCUGUGCCUGGAAGAGCACGAAGCAAAAGGUCAAGGACAGGUGCCAAGACGUGGACGUCGAGGAUUAUACCUACCAGCUCCUCUGUGAAUAGCUUUGAGUCGAUGGGAGCCGACUCGUACUCUUUGUCCUACUCACCAAUCAUGUCGUCGGAGGACGGGUCUGACGACAGUACGGUGGAUGCUGGUGAGCAAGACGACGAGGACUCGCAAGGUUCCAAGCGAUGCAAGACGAAUAAUGGUGGUCAGAGCCAGAAUCAGAGCAAGAAUAGCGUGAGCACGAACGCCAACAGCAACGGCAAUAGCAAAGGGAGGAAGAAGAAUCAGGACAAUUCGCAGCCGUGGCGGUGCAUGCACUGCCAAACCCAGCGCACCCCGCAAUGGAGGACGGGUCCAAUGGGGCCGAAGACAUUGUGCAAUGCCUGCGGGGUGCGGUACAAGUCAGGAAGGCUGCUCCCAGAGUACCGACCGGCGGGGUCUCCGACGUACGUGGCGUCGAAGCAUUCUCAUUCACACAAGAAGGUGCUAGAAAUGAGACGAGAGCGGGAGCUGCGAAUGCAGCAGCCAGGAGGGCAUGCGGUGCAGCAACAAGGUGUUCACGGCCUGACGGCAUUGCGUGAGAGGACAAACAACAUAGAGGCGGGAGUGAAGGGGUCAAGUGGGGAGAACGUGAAAUCGGAUUAUGGAAGCUAUGGAUCAAUGUGUUUAGAGUCGGUGGAGGCGCGUUUGUCGCAGCCGAUGGAUUUGCCUCGACCUCGGAAGAAUGAGCUACCGAAGUAUCCGAGCAACGCGUCGGGGCUGGAAUUUUCGACAUGCUUGACAAGCACGACGGCCGUUCUUGGGUCUCGGGUGGACUUCGGGGUGGAUGACAAAAGCAUGAGGGAAAUGAGGGCGGCUGUAAAGCCCUAGGAGGAGAAAAUUUGGAAGCCAAAUUUUUUUAGCUGGGUGAAUAUAUUCUUUUGGGGAUCUUAUGAAGAGACUUUGUACAUGGGAGAUAGUAAGACACAGAAAGAGGCUUAGGAGAUUCAGAAAUUUAGCCGAUUAAAUUGUACCCCCUAUUAGUUCCCCUCCCCUCCCUCAUCCUGAUUUUGCUAGGAGGAACGGCAUGAGUGUAUUUCGUUGUGAAACCUUUCAGUUGCUUGUAGAUGAUAGGUAUAGGAGGCACUUCUUUUUCAAUGCCUUCGUAGCAGCAGCAGACACCAAUGUCGAAUGGAAUUUGUGAUUUUGGAUCUAUACAUUUUUAUAGUACUGGUUGUAAUUUUAUUGGUCCCUUUCAACUGCA